CCAGACCAGUAUCCCUCAGCCCCAAGGCCAGCCCCUCUGGCUCAGCUGGGCACACUAAACUUAGCUUCCACUCCCAGCCCAGUAACCUCUGUCACUGCCCCAGCUGGGCUGCCACCUGCACUAAGAGACACUGCCACCAGACACUGCCUCGGCGACCACCAUGUCCCAGACCGAAACACUAAAAGUCCGCGUGACCCUCUUCUGCAUCCUGGUGGGCGUCGUGCUGGCCAUGGCAGCUGUGGUGACUGAUCACUGGGCCGUGCUAAGCCCCCACAUGGAGCACCACAACACCACCUGUGAGGCGGCCCACUUUGGCCUCUGGAGGAUUUGCACCAAGCGCAUUCCCAUGGAUGACGGCAAGGCCUGUGGACCCAUCACCCUGCCUGGGGAGAAGAACUGUUCCUACUUCAGGCAUUUCAACCCAGGCGAGAGUUCAGAGAUCUUCGAAUUCACCACUCAGAAGGAGUACAGCAUCUCAGCGGCGGCCAUUGCCGUCUUCAGCCUGGGCUUCGUCAUCGUGGGCACCGUCUGCGUCCUGCUGUCCUUGGGGAGGAAGAGGGACUACUUGCUGCGGCCCGCGGCCAUGUUCUACGCCUUCGCAGGUCUCUGCAUCUUCGUCUCGGUGGAGGUCAUGCGGCAGUCAGUGAAGCGCAUGGUGGACAGCGAGGACACCGUGUGGAUUGAGUACUAUUACUCUUGGUCCUUCGCCUGCGCCUGCGCCGCCUUCGUCCUCCUCUUCCUCGGCGGGCUGGCCCUCCUGCUCUUCUCCCUGCCUCGGAUGCCCCGGAACCCCUGGGAGUCCUGCAUGGACGCCGAGCCCGAGCACUAGCCCCGCGGGGGCCGAGGCCUUGGGCCCAGAACCUUCCAGAGAGGCGACGGGCGUUCUCCCGGGUCCCUGUCAGCCUGCGAGGCCACAGACGGUCGCAGGCCACUUCCCCUCUCUGAGCUCUUCUCGGGCUGUGACAGGCUCCUCCGGAGGGCGUGGACAAGGCCAGACCUGCCCAGGUGGACGGUUUGGAGCCCCCGCCUCCCGCUGAAGCUGGACGUGACCCCACUUGGCCGGUUGUCUCUGAUCAGCUGGCUCCAGAGGUCCUCUGUAAACUUCCCAGGGAGGACCUGUGCUCACGUGGUAGUUCCGGGUAAACAGCCAACCCCUCUCACCCUCUCCUGUGAGCCCCACAUCCCCUCCUUGGCUCUCAGGAGCCCUGAGUAGCAUUUUUAACUGGGUAGAAUCUGACUGUGGCUUAAAAUAAAAGCUCUCAGAAAACUUGC